ACCAGUCACAACCAUUCAUUCGCUAUAGCUCGCUGGGCACACAGGUGGAGUCGUUAUCUCGGAGACAGCUAAACUCCCCCCUUCCCCUCCCAGCAUGGCUACAGACUUGAUGGAGAUUGACGACUCGCUUUACAGCCGCCAGCGAUAUGUGCUUGGAGACAGUGCUAUGCACCAGAUGGCCCAGUCCUCAGUCUUUCUCAGUGGAAUGGGAGGACUGGGAGUGGAGAUAGCAAAGAACAUCGUCCUGGCUGGUGUAAAGGCAGUUACCCUUCAUGACACAAAGCAGUGUGAGACGUGGGAUCUCGGCUCCAACUUCUUUAUUCGCAAAGAGGAUGUUUUGAGCCAGAGGAGGAGGGUGGAGGCGGUGAGCCCUCGUGUCGCAGAGUUGAACCCUUAUGUCCAUGUUGACACGUGUUCCUCUGCUCUGGAUGACAACACUGAUCUAAGUUUUCUCAGAAAGUAUCAGUGUGUGAUUUUAACUGAGGCCAGACUGAGUCUACAGAAAAGAGUAAAUGAGUUCUGCCACUCACAACAACCCCCCAUCAGAUUCAUUGGCUGUGAUGCAUAUGGCAUCUGUGUGCGGGUGUUUUGUGAUUUUGGAGAAGAGUUUGAGGUAUCAGAUCCCACAGGAGAAGAGCCCAAGGAGAUCUUCAUCCAAAGCAUCACUCGGGACAAUCCUGGGGUGGUAACCUGCAUGGACAACCAACCCCAUGGCCUACAGACAGGCCAGAGUGUUGUCUUCAGAGAGGUCAGCGGUAUGACGGAGCUCAACGGCACUGCACGACAGGUCACAGUUCUUUCCCCUCACAGUUUUGCAAUAGGAGACACAUCCCAGCUACAACCAUAUGCACACGGAGGUUUCUUUGUCCUGGUGAAAACUCCGAAGACAUAUAAAUUUGAAACAAUAGAGCAACAGUUGUGUGAUCCUCAGGUUCUGACUCCAGACUUCAGUAAGCCAGAGGCUCCCCUACAGAUCCAUGCAGCUAUGUUGGCACUGGACACCUUUCAGGAGCAGCACAGUAGACUCCCUAACAUCGGAUGUUUACAGGAUGCAGAGGCUUUAUUAAAGCUGACUGAGGAAGUGAAUGCAACUCUGAAGAGCAAAACCCCUGUAAACACUGAAUUGGUGCGCUGCCUGUCGAGGACGGCAAGGGGAACUCUUCCUCCAUUAGCAGCAGCUGUAGGAGGCGUAGCCAGUCAGGAAGUUCUUAAGGCCAUCACAGGAAAGUUUGCACCACUGCAGCAAUGGUUGUAUCUUGAUGCCAUCGAGGUAGUCAGGCCACUUCAGUCUCUUUCUGCUGAGGAUUUUUUCCCUAAAGGCGAUCGAUACGAUGGAUUACGAGCUUGCAUCGGUGAAUCGAUGUGUCUUGAACUACACAAGCUCAGGGUCUUUAUGGUUGGCUGUGGUGCCAUAGGCUGCGAGAUGCUAAAAAACUUUGCCCUGCUUGGGGUGGGACUGGCCAAGAGCUCAGGAGAGGUGUGCAUCACAGACCCAGACCUCAUAGAAAAGUCAAACCUCAACAGGCAGUUUCUCUUCAGACCACAUCAUAUACAGAAACCCAAAAGUACCACAGCAGCAGAAGCCACUCAUGACAUCAACCCAGACCUGCAGGUGGAUGCUCACCUCAACAAGGUGUGUCCUGCUACUGAGAACAUCUACAGCGACUCCUUCUUCACCAGCCUGAACCUAGUGGUUACAGCGCUGGACAACGUGGAGGCAAGGAGAUACGUCGACAGCCGCUGUGUGUCCAAUCAGAGACCUCUGCUGGACUCUGGUACCAUGGGAACUAAAGGACACACAGAAAUCAUUGUGCCAAAUUUAACAGAGUCCUACAAUAGCCAUAGGGACCCUCCAGAAGAGGAGAUCCCGUUCUGCACUCUCAAGUCUUUCCCUUCUGUUAUAGAGCACACCAUCCAGUGGGCUAGAGAUAAGUUUGAGAAUGCUUUUGUGCACAAGCCCUCCAUGUACAGCUCGUUCUGGCAGACCCACUCCUCAGCUGAAGUAGUGCUACAGAGGAUGCAGGCGGGAGAAAGUCUGGAAGGGUCAUUCCAGGUCAUUAAGCUGCUGAGCAGACGGCCGAGUCAGUGGGAACAGUGUGUCACCAUUGCUCGUCUGAAAUUUGAAAAGUAUUUCAAGAGGAAGGCCCUACAGCUGUUGCACUCUUUCCCCCUGGACACAAGGUUAAAAGAUGGAAGUUUGUUUUGGCAGUCCCCCAAAAGACCUCCAGCACCUAUUGAUUUUGACUUGAAAGAUUCUUUGCACUUCACUUUCAUUGUCAGCACUGCCCGGCUCUUUGCAGGGAUUUACAACAUCCCUUACUCAGAAACGGAUCUUUCUGAAGAGGCAGUGACCAGGAUUCUGUCUGACGUCAAGAUUCCCGACUACAAGCCCUCAGAGAAAUCCAUAGAGACAGAUGAGACAGCAAAGAAGCCUGAUCAGAUGAAGAUGCCUGUAAGCAGUGAAGAAGAGCGGGAGGCAAUCAUACAGCUAGAACAGGCCAUUACUGCUGACAGGGUCACACCAGAGGGCUUACAGAUGACACCCCUUCAGUUUGAAAAGGACGACGACAGCAACGGUCACUUGGAUUUUGUCACAUCGGCGUCAUCUCUCAGAGCCAGGAUGUACUCCAUCGAACCUGCUGACAGGCUAAAGACCAAACGCAUCGCUGGCAAGAUUAUCCCUGCUAUUGCCACGGCAACAGCUGCUGUUGCUGGACUGGUUGCCCUGGAGUUGAUCAAGGUGGUUGGAGGCUACAGGUUUGAGUCUUUCAAGAACUGCUUCUUUAACUUGGCCAUUCCUGUGGUUGUGCUCACUGAGCCUGCUCCAGUUAAACAGACGCUCAUCAGGAACAACAUCUACUUCUCCAUUUGGGACUGUUGGACUAUUUUCGGCCAUGAGGACUUCACUCUCUCUGACUUCAUGAAUGCAGUCAGGGAAAAGUAUGGAAUUGAGCCCACAAUGGUGGUCCAUGGUGUGAAGAUGCUCUAUGUGCCUGUGAUGCCUGGACACUCGAAGAGACUCAAACUGACGAUGCAGAAGCUGAUCAAGCCAUCGGUGGACCGGCGCUACGUUGACCUCACUGUAUCAUUCGCUCCAGAAGCGGACGGAGACGAGGACCUGCCUGGUCCCCCUGUCAGGUACUACUUCAGCCCCGAUGGCGAGACGCCGUGACACCUUCCUAGAUGUCAUCCUCAAACCUCUUGUGUCCUUACUUCCCUUCUUUCAUGUAAAUUGUUAGACCCCCAAUAACCGAGGCCGGGGCCAAGAGCUUUCCCUCACGAUGACAACGGCAAAGCUCCUGGCCCCAGCACAGCCCCCCACCUGUACAUCACGGAGCUAGAAAGGCCAGUCGGGGUCCCAGUUUCUCUUGCCUCAGAUCUAGCCAGUGGAACACAAGGCUGCUUGAGUAGCACUUAUAAUUGUACCAGUGUACAUAUAUUUUCUCUCUUCUGUUUUCUACUCUGGUGAAAUACACAGCUCUGCCUGUGUCGAUGCCUUAAUUGAUUAAUAACCUUUUUCUGUUUGUGGCAGUGUGUCUGACUGAAAAAUAUGUUUACAGAAACCUGCGUACUCCCAGCACACAGCCCCAUUUUUUUCCUCAUUUUUUGUUUUAAUUCUGCUAGCGUCUGAAAGGGGGUUUGAGUAGGUCUGUUGGCGCAAUAAAGAUUUGUAGUUAGUAGACAUCAUAUCAUCUUCAGAGUCCUCUCACUUUGGUAAUAUUGCCAUCUACAGAAGUUGCCAGUUGCUGGCUCGUUCUCCUUAUAGAAACCGCUCCCACCUGUAUGUGUUGUGUAAUUUAGAGGUGCAACAUGUCAGUGGACAAUGACAAAACCACCAAAGAUACUGAUUAUCACUAUGUCUGCAGAUGAUUGCUCUAUAUCAUAGGGGAUGGAUAUUACCCAAACAUUCAACAGCGACACACACCGGCAGCGUCUUGUGAUCCUUCAUCACACGUUGAUGUACAGCUGCUACAGUAAGGCAGCAGUUUUAUCACAUUGCUGUUCAUUCCUGGUCAGUUGCAUUAAGUGACACAGCUGGUGUGUGUUGCCCAUAACAAUUUGGGUAAAACUACCAAACUGUAGCUGCUAGUCUUACCUACCUUGUUAAAUACUUCAGUAACGACUGCACUCAAAUCAGUUAUGUUUGGGAAAACAAUAUUUUCAUCAUUAGAUUAAGUACUGGCAUGAGUUCAAUGACUGUUUCACACAGAAAAGCCUUAUUUUAACAGACAUGAAACAUCUGUACCAACAUCUGGGAUCACACUCCUACCAUUUAAAAUGAGUUGUUUUAAAAGAAAGAAAUCUUUUCUGUUCAUGAUUUAUUUGUUGUAUUUGUUUUAUGGAUGUGUGUCUGUGACAUGUAUUUAUUUACUUGUUACUCCUUUUUUGUGUCAAACUGAGCCUGUGUUGAUGAGCUCUGUUGAGUCAUGGUGCACUGGUUAAUUGUUUAUCAGUAAUGAGCAAGUCAUCCUAAAACUGUUCAUCCAGGCAUAGAAAUCUUUCCAUUUAGUUCCCUUUCAAGGUUGUGGAAAAUGGUCCUUGAAAUGGCCUGUACUGGCUUAUAUUGGCAAUAAUGUCAGUAUAUUUUUGAAUUCAAUAAUUAAAGUCAAGCUUUGUAUUGAGUUUGAGAUCCUCCUGAAGAUAAAGCAAGAUUUGUCAUCUGUCUUGAAUAAACUUCUGAUGUGAAGCCAGUCAAAACUAAAGUCACACAAAAUGUUUUCCUGGCAUUUUUUUUAUUUUUCUGCCCAUAACCAGAGGUGGUUAGUUUUUCUUUGCACAGCAAAUGUCUACCGCAUUGACAAGACUUCUUGUGCAGCAAAUUUACAUGUAUAACAAAACGGUGUUAAUGAGUGACAAUGAAAAUGAUGUAUGUUCUUGUGACAGACAGCUCAACCAACGGUCCAAUAAAAUGUGAGAUUUCAGGAUGUCUUCAAAAUUAAAACUGCUGAGUCUCUGUUUUAAAAUCCUUAAACUUC